GGGGCAUCAGACCCCUUCCUGCUCUGACUUUAUUGGGCCUCUGAAUCAAGCAAGACCCCACUGGACCACCAAAGAGUUAAGCAAAGGAAAUCCCCGGCUCCUUUCAUCUCCGCAGAACCCAGAGGCUGGAGGGGAGGGCGCUGGGAGGAGGAGAAGUGGGAAGCCAGCUCAGCCGGCUCCCUCUGCCCGCCCUCCCUCCCUCCGCCCUGCCUCCAUCCCUUCCUCCCUGCCUCCGCGGCUGGGCCUGGGGGCCUGGGCCAGCAACAAGUGAUGAUUGCAGACAUGGGCCAAGGAGCCAGAGGCCGCCCAGAGGCCCGGGGUCCAGGAGCCGCUGUGUGAGGCCGCGGGACACAGGGUCGCCAUGGGGAUAGCUGCCCCGGGCCUCCUCUCGACAGUCCUCCUGCUUCCUCUCCUGGUGUCUGGGGUCCCUACCGAGGAGCCCGCCUCUGGGGAAACUGUGGCCUCCAGUCCCCCUGGGCACUGUCGGCGGUGCUGUGACUCUGAGGACCCCCUGGUCCCUGCCGACGCUGCAGAUGUGUCCUCGGCCUCUCCGUCCGCCCUCCCAUGUGUGCUGCCUGAGGUCAGGCCCUUCAUUAACAUCACCAUCCUGAAGGGUGACAAAGGGGACCGCGGUCUGCUGGGCACUCCUGGGAAGCUGGGCAAGGAGGGUCCCCGGGGGGAGCGCGGCCCGCAGGGCCCCAAGGGCGCCAAGGGGCAGGCGGGCAGCCCCGGUGGCCCGUGCCAGACGCGCUUCUCGGCCUUCUCGGUGGGCCGCAAGACGGCCCUGCACAGCAGCGAGGGCUUCCAGCCGCUGCUGUUCGACACGGUCUUCGUGAACCCGGACGGGCACUUCGACCUGGCCGCCGGCCGCUUCGUGGCCCCGCUGCGCGGCCUCUACUUCUUCAGCCUCAACGUGCACAGCUGGAACUUCAAGGAGACCUACGUGCACGUCGUGCACAACGAGGCGGCGGCCGUCAUCCUGUACGCGCAGCCCAGCGAGCGCAGCAUCAUGCAGAGCCAGAGCGUGAUGCUGGCCCUGGCGCCCGGGGACCGCGUCUGGGUGCGGCUCUUCAAGCGCGAGCGGGACAACGCGGUCUACAGCGACGAUGUGGACACCUACAUCACCUUCAGCGGCCACCUCAUCAAGCCCGAGGACGAGUAGGGCCUCCAGCAGGGCGGCCCCGGGGCGUGGCCGUGGGCACGUCCAUCCCCUGAAGGGCCUCGGUUUGCUCCUCGGUAGCGUGCGCCCCGGGGCCUGGCAUCCUCCUGAUCUCCUUUUCUUUUCUUCCCUCCGUCACCCCUCCCAGCCUGUUUCUGCCUCUCUCCUCUCUCGGACAUAUUUUAAGAAGUUCUAACCUAAGUAUUCUGGAACUUUCCUAACGUUUUAGACCAGCACUUCUCAAACUUGAGUGUGCGUGUGAAUCACCCAGGGAUCGUGCUAAAAUGCAGAUUCAAACUCAGCAGAUGUGGAGUGGGCCCAGGAGUCUGCAUUUCUAGUAAGUUCCUGAGUGAUGCUGAUGCUGCUGGUCCGUGGACCACACUUGAGUAACCGGAUUCUAGAACAUUCACAACAUGCUAGUACUUUCUGAACAUUCUGGAGUCUUCCAAACAUUCUAGAAUCUUCUCAACAUCCUUAUAUUCUCUCAUCCCUCUAGGACUCCCUCGUCUCUGUUCUCUUCUUCUCUUCUCCCCCUUCCCCCUUCUCUCUCACUCUCGUCGGCACCCCGACCUGUGCAGCCGCCAUUCGUUUAUUCAUUCAUCGAACACUCACCGAGCACUCACUCUGUGCCAGGCUCUGGGAGAGCUGAGGUGAAUCAGACACAGGCCCUGCCCUCGGUGAGCGCCCAGUCCAGCCAGGGCAGGGGGAUAGGAUUCUGAAACCAGACCCCGAGAGACACACGGGGCUCUGAUCACAUCCGUCUGUUCUGGGCAUUCAGGCACUGGGCCCCUCAUUACCCACCACUCCCCAAGGCUGGUGGGACAGGGUCCCUGUGAUGGGGGGUUAUCCCCUGCCCCUUCCUUUCCUUCCUGCCCAAUGCCCGUCACUAAAGCAAACCCCACAGGGGCCUUGGUCAGGGCAAGGGUGCUGUGUGGGGAGGGCUGGGGGCUUGAGGGCAUUUUGGGGGUGAGAGAGGCCCCUGGGGAGGGAGCCCAGACCCACAGCUCCCCACCCAGCUGGAACGGUAACGGCGAGGGCUCCUGCCCCCUCACGGCAUCCCCUCCCUGCCCGCUCCCGGGCUCUGUCAGGGCCUUGCUCAGCCAGCCCUGCCAAAGCACUCGGGCCUCAGUUCUCCAGGCCCCCAGCCUCUGUCAGACAUGGACGUCUGUCCCCAGGUGCUCUCGGACCCUCCCUGGCCACUCUCGCAGGCCCAGUGCCCCCGCUCCCCAGGCUUUGUUAAGGUGCUAGGCGUGGUGGGCAGCUGCCGCCCAGCAGAGCCUCCUCGGGCCUGGUGCUGCCUCCACAGACGCCGCUGGGCAGUGGCCGGGACGGAAGGCACCAGGCUUUGGAGCCCUCAGCUGGUCUGGGGAACUGAAGCGGGCAACACUCCAGGCCAGUCAGGGGACCCUCCUCUGAGCCGUGAUACCAAGAGAGGCCCUGGCGAGGCAGAGGCCAAGUAAGGGGCAUCGGGCUUUCUGUCCCUCUCUCUCCCGGGUGGCCUGAGCCCCUCCCCAGAGGGAGACGGCCUCCGCGCAUUGGUGCUUCUGCAGACUCCGGGGCAGAGGUGGCCCCGGUGGUCUCUGGUGCUCACUCAUAGCCGAGGGGACCGUGGCUGCGUGGUACGUGGCUGGGAGGUGGCAGCAGGCCUGACCAAGUGCCACAAGGCCGGUGCUAUACACCCGCCCCGGCCCAACUUGGCCCCUGCCUUGCUUGUCCGACGUGAUUAAAGGAUGUGUGUCU